ACCUGUUCGGGCCAGACAUCACUCGCAUCUCACUUGGUCUCUCGCUCACACACUCACCCUCACGCACUCCUGAACUCCACACGCUCACUCUCUCUCUCCCGUACAGAACAGUGGGACCGGACACCAAAAGGAAACAUGAGUUACUCCAGCGAUAUUUACAGCAGCAGCUCCUAUCGGAAGAUCUUCGGAGAUGCCCCCCGGUCCGGCCGCGUGGGUCUGGGCAGCAGCAGCAGCCCGUCCCGCCCGCACUCUGCGGGAUACCGCAGCAGCCACCGCACCAACUAUGGUUCCUCCCCCGGGAUGUCCUCCACCAACUACCGCAGGACAGCGGCUUCUGGCCGUGUCUUCUCCUCCAUGCCGGACUCUGCGAUGGACCUAACCCAGUCCACCGCGGUCACCAACGAGCUCAAGAUCAUCCGCACCAACGAGAAGGAGCAGCUGCAGGGCCUCAACGACCGCUUCGUGUCCUUCAUUGAGAAAGUGCACAACCUGGAGCAGCAGAACAAAGUCCUGGAGGCAGAGGUCACGAUGCUGCGUCAGCGCCACAAUGAGCCCUCGCGCCUGCACGAGCUGUACGAGCAGGAGAUCCGCGAGCUGCGGGCGCGCGUGGAGGAGCUGACGCACGAGAGGAGCCAGAUGCACCUGGACUGCGUGCAGAUGAACGACACGCUGGAGCACGUGAGGGAGAAGUUGGAGGAGGAGACCAAGCUGCGCGAAGAGGCGGAGAACACCCUGAAGGGCUACCGGAAGGACGUGGACGACGCCACCAUGUCGCGCCUGGAGUUGGAGAAGAAAGUGGAGUCGCUGCUGGACGAGAUCGCCUUCCUCAGGAAAGUUCACGAGGAGGAGCUGCUGGAGCUGCAAGCGUCUCUGCAGUCCACUCAGGUGUCAGUGGAGAUGGACAUGAGCAAACCGGACCUGACUGCCGCCCUGAAGGACAUCCGGGUUCAGUAUGAGAACCUGUCAGCCAGGAACCAGGCCCAGGCAGAAGACUGGUACCGCUCCAAGUUUGUUAGCGUGACCGAGGCCGCCGCCCGCAACCAGGACGCCGUCAAGCACUCAAAGGAGGAGCUGAGCGAGUACCGCAGGCAGGUGCAGGCCCGCACCCUGGAGAUCGAGGCCCUCAGGAGCCAUAAUGAGGCCCUGGAGAGGCAGGUUGCCGAGAUGGAGGAUCGACACAACAAUGAAAUGGGAGAUAUGCAGAAUACCAUUCAGGAGCUGGAGAAUGCUCUGCGCAGCACCAAAGGAGAAAUGUCCCGUCACCUGCGUGAAUACCAGGACCUGCUGAACGUCAAGAUGGCGCUGGACAUUGAGAUCGCUGCCUACAGGAAGCUGCUGGAAGGCGAGGAGUGCCGCCUCAGCUCUGUGGGCGGGGCCAUGGUCCAGUCGGGCUACCCGGGCUUCUCCUACAUGUCAGCCCGCACCUACUCCCUCGGAGCCUACAGGAAGUCUGAGGCCAAGCCUGAGGAGGAGGAGGAGGAGGAAGAGGAGGCCGAAGAAGAGGUGGAGGAAGAGGAGGAGGAGGAGGGAGAGGAGAACAAAGAUGAGGGAGAUGAGGGAGAUGACCAGGAGGAGGGUGAGGGAGAGGAGGAGGAAGAGGAGGAGGAGGAGAAGCAGAAGGAGAAGGAGAAGAAGAAGGAGGGCCCCACCGGCAAGACCAGCAAGAGCUAAACUGCUAGUGUCAACAUUAUCUUCAUCACAAUAACACAUUCCUCAUCCUCAUUCCAAUCACUUAUAUGGAUCUGGUCUCUGUUCACAUCAUCUCUGUCAAACACAGUUCUGCACACCGUCGGUGUUUUUCUGUCUCUUUAAUUCAGAAGUGAUUCAGCUUUAUUGGGCGGGGCUUUAGAAGGAAAUAGAUGUAUUACAAUGACAGAAGAGUUGGAGUCAUAAACACGCUCUGCAGAGGUCGUCAUUAUUUUUACGUCACAUUAUAACAGAGGGAUGUGAGGGAAAGUUAGCAUGAUGCCACUCAUUUUCUUAAGUUUCAACCAGGAUGAUUUUUCCUCACGUGAAGCAACAAUAAAUGUGCCAUUAAUGAUCAAUAUUUACAGUAAGAGCAAUCAAAACCUUGAAAGUAACAACUUUUGUCAGCACACAGACUUUAAGAAAAAACGCACAGAGUAACAGCCAGUCCAACUUUUACGGUGCUAUUUGAUUUUUACAUAUAAAAGUUGGAGAGUACGUUAAAAGAGAUUUUAUCAUAGACCGAAGCUCCACCAGCUCAUUCCUGAAUGCUUGUUACACGUUUAGAGGACAGACUGCUUCUAUUGGAGCUGUGAGUCAAACCCCACAUUUCCCACUACAUCGCUCUGUAGUUCUGCAUCUCGUCCCACCAUGACAAAUGGAAAUGUACCACUUACCAUUCAAGCCCCUUUCUCAUUCUCUUUAAUUCACUGCAGUGUCACAGCAAGUGUGUUGGGAGGGUGGGUGGUGUUGCCAGUUGCUGGAAAGGAGGAGUGCUGAAGGUUCUCCAUGAGGGAGUGCAUCUUUGGGAAUGAAAAUGUAGAGUUUAAAUUGCCGCUAUAUAUAUACAGUAUAUUUAUUUUUUGGAUUCUUUGAUUGAUUCAUUUGUCAAUGAAUUUAACGGCUAUCACACCUGUCAGAGUUUAACAUUGAUCUGCAAGGUUAUUCUUCUUCCCUACAUUUUUUUUUGUUAGAGAAAACCAACCCUUUUUUAUUUCUCCUCAUACAAAUGUAUGCUUUUGUUUUAAUUUAGCUGGUUAAAGGAUUCGAGGUGAAGGUAAGCGUGGCUGUCAGUGUCAGGCAGCUGAUGAUGACACUGACGGCCCUCAGCUCAGACUAAGUGGCAGGUGGGGCAGAAGCCGCAGGAGUCGUGGCUGAAUGGUACAGAGUCGCAUAUAAGGGCUACUUUCACCAUAACCCCUUCUAUCACUCUGAACGGUUUAAUUUCACCAGUGUUCAUCAGUCCAUCCUCUUGGAAUUUUCUGUUUGACAAAUGAAUCAACCAAUGGGCAUGAAUGCAUGGCCUGACUCUUCAAGCUUGAGUAUCUGCUGGAUGGGAUAGAUUUUUUGCUUGUUGUGUGUUCAAUUAAAAAACUUGCCUUAAUCAUGACUGAAAGUUAAAAUAUAAAGAUAUGUUCCCCUCCAUCUCACCUGUUUCUUGAGAGGCUGAGGAGUGCUGACAAUUUCCAGACCUCUGCUAUACAACUGUGACUGUAUACGUGCUGCUAUCUCAUGCAGUGAUAUUCCUCUCAAAGCCAAAUAAAGACAUUUAUUAACCAAA